CAGGUGACAGAAAAUCAUUCACAGGACAGUGUUGCAAAGUACUUUGAAGAAAACAUACAGAUCUCAUGGUAACAUGUGCCAGUUCACCAUCCCUAAACACAUCGACUGGCACAGACUCCAUACAUGACAUCAGCUGCCUGGUGGCCUCUACUUGGGUCUGACAUGAAGCGUGUUGAUGGCUCAGACCAGGUCCUGUGGUUAAGGGUGUGGACACUCAUGAGCGGUCAACAGAUUUCCCCGUAAAGAAACUCUCAAGGGAUGUAAUCAUCAUGGUUAAGUAAGGACAGCCGCGGCGACUCAGUGAACCAGAAAGGGCAGCUCUAAGCCCUCUGAAGUCAGAGCAUGGGAUAAUGGCAAAGGUGCCAGACAUAAGCUGUGACCAAUCUCCUAUUACACAACAUACACUCUUUUUUUCCCCUACUUCCUCUUUUUUAUCCUUUGUUUUUUUUAUACACCUGCAGUUUCAGAAAGGAAGCAGCAGAGGGCAACAUCCAACUUUGGUAACAGCUUGACUGCAGCCUCCCUGGUUACUUAUGUGAUCUCUGAAUAGCUCAACAUUUUGCUCUAUGGCCACACAGUUUCUGACAUAGUAGAACAAACUUUCCACCACAAGACUCUGUGUCUUGAACUAAUGACUGCUUUUUUACGAUAUUUGUGCACAAAUACAUCUUUGCAGUAGGUAGGUUGGAGAAAUAACAUAAAAUGAAUUAAAAAUGUCGCUGUCAAAUAGUGGGUAAUCAAUUUAAAGGCUUGUAAUUUACUGGUUUACCAAUAGUAUUGGGGUAUAUGUCAGGUCUGAAGUUUGAUGUAAGAGGCAAAUUGCGGUCAAGAUAAGAGCAAACACCAGAACAGGCAAAGCCAAAAGUCCUCCUAGAAUCUCCAGACUGAAAUGAGUAAAUUUAUUAAAAGUUAAAACAAGGAGAAAAUGUACAAAAUUACAGGGGAACCCCGCGAGAGAAGUGUUUCACCAAAUCGGUGGAUUGCUCUCGGUCUGUUUGAGGCUCCCACCAACAAAAGUUUAGGAUGCUCUUCCUUUGGCAAACUGUCUCGUCGGAGGUCACAAACUUGACAAUCUCCAUGGUAAAAUGAAAAACACAAAGCAGCCGUACGGACCGCGCACACCGAUGUUCUCAGCCAGCAGGACCACCGCCUUGCUCCUGACUCACGGCUGAGUCAGCGGGGGCGAGCGUAAUUGAUAAUUCUCCAGACAUAAAAAGCGCGCUCAUGGCUCCAUCCCAUAUUCAACCUAGUAGGCUAUAAAACCAACAAACUUCACGCCAAGGUGCCAGACAAGAGGAACACAGAGUGGAUGUCUCACAUAUUCAAAUUCAGCCGAACUUGACAUCAGGUAAAGAAACACAAUGCAGUUGAAAGCUUUUUUGAAGAGGCUGGGCUCAAUAGUCCGAGCCAUCCUCACUUUCCUCUUUGCUCUGGUGGUACUGGGUGUGAUGGUGUGGGCCUAUGUUAAAGGUUUCCAGCUGGUGACCUCCAUGUAUGGAAUCAUCUCCUUUGGCUUUUAUGGACUACUCCUCUCGCUCCAUGUGUUCGUUCAGAGCUUCUUUGCCUUCGUUGAACACCGGCGGAUGAGAGCUCGCACAGACCCGUGCAGCUUUACCAAGACUAUUGGCUUCACUAUAUCUGCAUACCAGGAGGACCCUGUCUACCUCAAAGAGUGCCUCAACUCCAUCAAGGCCCUCAAGUAUCCCCCUGAGCUGCUGCGCAUCAUCAUGGUGGUAGACGGGAACUCAGAUGAUGACCGAUAUAUGAUGGAGAUGUUCAGAGACGUGUUUGCAGACCAAGACCCUGGCUGUUAUGUGUGGAAGAAUAACUACCACUCAUGGGACCCCACACAGGCCCAGCGGGAUGUGGAGAUGGCUGCAGCAGUGGGCCCAGGAGGGGAUGCUGAUUAUAUUAUCAGAGAGGAUCCACAGCGAAAAGAGGUAGAGCGCCUGAUCCAGAGCCAGAAGUGUGUGUGCAUCAUGCAGAAGUGGGGCGGCAAGCGGGAGGUGAUGUACACAGCCUUUAAAGCCCUCGGGUCAUCUGUUGACUAUAUACAGGUGUGUGACUCGGAUACUAAACUGGACCCUCUGGCCACAGUGGAGCUGUGUAAAGUGCUGGAGAGCAACCCCAAAUACGGUGCCGUAGGAGGAGAUGUGAUGAUCCUCAACCUGAAAGACUCUUACAUCAGCUUCAUGAGCAGUCUUAGGUACUGGAUGGCUUUCAACAUCGAAAGGUCCUGCCAGUCCUUCUUCAACUGUGUGUCCUGCAUAAGUGGUCCUUUAGGUCUGUACAGGAACGAUCUCCUUCAGCAGUUUCUGGAGUCUUGGUACAAUCAGAAGUUUUUGGGAUCUCACUGCACGUUUGGUGAUGACAGACAUCUCACCAACCGUAUGCUGAGCAUGGGUUAUGCCACAAAAUACACCGCUCGCUCAAAAUGCUACACGGAGACACCUGCUCAGUUUUUGCGCUGGCUCAACCAGCAGACUCGCUGGACAAAAUCUUACUUCCGUGAGUGGCUCUACAAUGCAAUGUGGUGGCACAAGCACCACCUCUGGAUGACCUACGAGUCCAUCGUGUCAGGUGUUUUCCCCUUCUUUGUGACCGCCACCAUCAUCCAGCUGUUUUGGACGGGCACACUGUGGGACAUCCUCUGGAUCCUGUGCUGCAUCCAGCUGAUCGGGCUGGUGAAAGCAGCAUAUGCCUGCAUCCUGCGCAGAGAUAUUGUAAUGGUGUUCAUGUCCCUCUACUCAGCUCUGUAUAUGACCAGUCUGCUGCCUGCGAAGUACUUUGCCAUCCUCACCAUGAACAAAAGCAGCUGGGGGACGUCAGGCAGGCGUAAGAUUGUAGGGAACUACAUACCCCUCCUCCCCCUGUCAGUGUGGUCAGCUAUUUUAUUAGGUGGGCUCUGUUACACAAUCUACAAGGAGAGUCAACUGGACUGGCUAACUCCAGCCAAGAUACUGGAGACUAAGUUCAUUGUCUUUGGCUGUGUGGCCUACAUUUGCUACUGGAUGCUUAUGAUGUUCCUAUACUGGGUGUGGUUCCGCAGGUUAUGUAGGAAGCGUGCCCAAAGUUACACAUUGAGUGUGUAGGUCCACAGUGUCCAGUGAAUAACUAAGUUUAUUUAUUUAAAUUCAGCCAUUUAGUUGAUUUAAUUUAUUUAUUUUGUCUCACUUUUUGGUAAUUGAAGGAGGAAGGAUUUCAUGCAGCUGCUAAACCAACAAACUUUUAAAAAAAAAAAAAAAAAAAGCAUUUAAAAAAAAAUGUAACAGAAAUAUCACUGAUAUAUAGAGACAAAGGUUGGAUUUACAUGGAGAUGUUGUUGCACAUUUAAAUGAAACUGUACUGAGGGCUUUUGGGCCCAUGCACUUCUCAGGUUUCUCUUAUUACGAUGGGAGAGAGAUGGCAUUCCAUCAUAUAUUUAUUCAUUAAAUCUAGAGAUUGGAAAACUGCUAUUUAGAUAAAAAAAAAAAAUUUAUAUUAAAGGUCGUGGAUAAGGGAUUUUGUAUCUCUCUCUUUUAGAAAGGAGGACAGUGAAAAUGAUACUGUGGCUGAGGACCAAAGCAUGUAGUCACUUUCUAAAACCUGAAAAAACAAUGUUUCAUUAAAUAUUGUAUAUUAUAUGGUUGCUGUAUACAUACUGUACAUAUGGACAUAUACAUACUGAUAUGUGAGGUACUGUGACACACUUUGUUUGAUAUUACAGAGAAAAUUGGAACGAAAAUAAACAUGUAUAUAUAUUUCUAUGUAUAUUGUUUUAAGCGAUACACAUGUUGUAAUGGCUGGAAAUUGUCUGAAAAUGUGAACAAAUUGAUGGUUUUGGGAACUUGUAGAAAUGAAAAAAUAAAAUAUAUUUUUAACGUG